AUGUCCCUGGGACCAUUGAAAUUCCAGGCAGUGGGUGAAAAUGAGGAGGAUGAGGAAGCAGAGAGCUUGGACUCUGUGAAGGCACUGACAGCCAAGCUGCAGCUGCAGACACGGCGGCCCUCAUACCUGGAGUGGACAGCCCAGGUCCAGAGCCAGGCCUGGCGCAGGGCCCAAGCCAGACCCGAGCCCAGGGGACCUGGGGCCAUUUGCGGAUUCGACUCAAUGGACUCUGCCCUUGAGUGGCUCCGACGGGAGCUGCGGGAGAUGCAGGCGCAGGACCGGCAGCUGGCAGGGCAGCUGCUUAGGCUGCGGGCCCAGCUGCACCGGCUGAAGGUGGACCAAGUCUGUCACCUGCACCAAGAGCUGCUGAACGAGGCUGAGCUGGAGCUGGAGCUGGAGCCUGGGGCCGGCCUGGCCCUGGCCCCGCCACUGCGGCACCUGGGCCUUACGCGCAUGAACAUCAGCGCCCGGCGCUUCACCCUCUGCUAA